AUGCGGUCGGCCCGGCCCAAGGUGCUGCACCGCCUCGCCGGCCUGCCCCUGAUCGAGCAUGUCGUGCGCGCGGCCGACCGCCUGCGGCCGGGGCGCCUGGGUCUCGUGGUCGGCCAUCAGGCGGAGCGCGUCGAGGCCGCCCUCUCCCACCGGGCGCCGCUGGCCUUCGCGCGCCAGGACGAGCAGCGCGGCACCGGGCAUGCGCUGCAGCAGGCGGAACCUCUCUUCGCGGGGGUGGGAGGCACCCUCGUCGUGCUGUCCGGCGACGUGCCGCUGAUUCACCCCGACACCUUGGAGCGGCUCGUCCGCGCCCACGAGGGAGCGAACGCCGCGAUGACGGUGCUGACCGCGACCGUGCCCCGCCCAUACGGCUACGGGCGCAUCGUCCGGGCGGACGGACGUCUCGCCCGCAUCGUCGAGGAACGAGACGCCUCGGCGUCACAACGGCGGUUGAAGGAGAUCAACAGCGGCAUCUACGCCCUCGACCUGCCGCCGCUCUUCGAUGCGAUCCGGGAGAUUCCGCCCGCCGGAGCCUCGAACGAGAUCUACCUGCCGGACCUGGUGCGGAUCUACCGGGGGCGCGGGCUGCCGGUGGAAACGGCGGAAGUGGCGGAUCCGGACGAGGUGCGCGGCAUCAACAGCCAGACGGAGCUGGCGGAGGUCAAGCGAAUCGUGCGACAGACGAGGAACGAAGAGCUGAUGGCGGCCGGCGUCACCAUCGAGGACCCGGCGACGACCUACGUCGACAUGGACGUCACCGUCGGAUCCGACACCGUCAUCCACCCCGGCGUCUUCCUGCAGGGACGCACGAGCGUCGGGGCGCGGUGCGAGCUGCACGCCGGGGUGCGCAUCGUCGACUCCACGAUCGGUGACGACGUGACCGUGCGCAACCACUGCGUCAUCCAGGGGGCCACGCUGGCCCACCGCGUCCAGGUGGGGCCGUUCGCCCACCUGCGCCCCGGGGCGGUGAUCGGCGAAGCGGCGAAGGUCGGCAACUUCGUGGAGAUCAAGGAAUCGUCGCUGGGCCAGGGAUCGAAGGCGAACCACCUGAGCUAUCUCGGCGACGCCACGAUCGGCGAGGGGGUCAACGUCGGCGCGGGUACGAUCACGUGCAACUACGACGGGAAGCGAAGCACGCGACGACGGUCGGCGACCGGGUGUUCAUCGGCAGCGGCACACCAGCUCGUCGCGCGGUGA